AAGGAUGACAUCUGACUGCUCCCCUACGCCCUGCCCUCCUGAGUCCUGUGGGGGGGCUCCCCGUUGUGCACCUGCUUCAACCUGUUCCACGGAAACCACUUGUCUCCCCAGCGCCUGUGCCGCAUCCAGAUGCCAGACCCCCAGCUUCCUCUGCAGGUCUCGCCUGCUGCCCGGCUGCCUCGCGCCAUGCUACCUUGCUGGGGGCUGUAACAGCACCUGCUUGGUGGGGACCUGUGCCUGGUGUGAGGAUGGGGUGUUCACCAGCAACGAGAAGGAGACCAUGCAGUUCCUGAAUGACAGACUCGCCAACUAUCUGGACAAGGUGCGCAGCCUCGAGGAGACCAACGCAGAGCUGGAAUGCAGGAUCCGAGGACAAUGCGAACAGGGCAUCCCGCUGGCGUGCCCUGAUUACCAGUGUUACUUCGACACCAUUGAAGAUCUCCAACAAAAGAUCUUGUGCAAGAAGGCAGAGAAUUCUAGACUUGCUGUGCAGCUGGACAACUGCAAACUGGCCACUGAUGACUUUAGGUCAAAGUACGACAGUGAGCUGUCCCUUCGCCAGCUGCUAGAGGCGGACAUCAGCGGCCUGCGUGGGAUCCUGGACGAGCUGACCCUGUGCAAAUCUGACCUGGAGGCCCACGUGGAGUCUCUGAAGGACGAUCUCCUUUGCCUGAAGAAAAACCAUGAAGAGGAAGUCAACUCGCUUCGUGGACAGCUGGGUGACCGACUCAGCGUGGAGCUGGACACGGCCCCCACCAUCGACCUCACCCGGGCGCUGGAUGAGAUGCGCUGUCAGUACGAAACGGUGCUCGCCAACAACCGCAGAGACGCGGAACAAUGGUUCGCUGUUCAGAUAGAAGAGCUCAAUCGGCAGCAGCUGUCCAGCGCGGAGCAGCUGCAGGGCUGCCAGAUGGAGAUCUUGGAACUGAAACGCACAGCCAAUGCUCUGGAAAUCGAGCUCCAGGCACAGCAAAGCCUGACAGAAUCUCUGGAAUGUACCUCGGCGGAGACCGAGGCCCAGUACAGCUCCCAGCUGGCCCAGAUUCAGUGCCUGAUCGACAGUGUGGAGGCCCAGCUGGCCGAGAUCCGCUGCGACCUGGAGCGGCAGAACCAGGAGUACCAGGUGCUGCUGGACGUGAAGGCCCGGCUGGAGUGCGAGAUCAACACGUACCGGGGGCUGCUGGAGAGCGAGGACAGCAGGCUUCCCUGUAACCCGUGUUCUACGACGUGCACAUCAAGCAACACUUGUGAGCCGUGUUCAGCCUAUGUCAUUUGCACAGUUGAAAAUUGCUGUUCGUGAAUGUUAAUCACCAGCACAGCGGAUGGAGAAAUCAAGGCCAGCAGUGUCCUAGAAAGGAGAUGGGGCUUCAACCAGGGACAUCCAAACUGGAAAGACAAGUCUAGAGGGUUUCAUGUCCUCCCGGCACCCUCAGUCUAUAUCCACUCGAACAUUUCUCUCUUUCCAGUUCAUUCGUGGUGUUCUAGGAGCUUAUAGAGCAUUCUUGCUAAUCUCCAAA